UUCCCCCUUUUCCACUCCGAUCAAUCAAAGCAAUAGAAAACCAGGAGCGAGCUUCAGUGCUGGGGAAGAGAGAGAGAGAGAGAAAAAAAAAACUGAUACUGGGGUUUCGAACCUUGUAGAAGUGGUGUGUAUUAGUGAUUAAAGUGUACAAAAGAGAGAGAGAGUGAGUGAGAGAGAAAGAAAGAGAGAGAGAGAGAUGGAAGAGCGGAGGGGGUAGCUCGGCUUUGCGCGUUGGAAGGUUUCCUGGCAACUCCCGAGGAAGAAAGGAAAGAAAGGAAAGAAGGACGGAAGAGAGGAAAAGUCGGGCUUGUUUUCAGGAGCGGAGUGAAGGAGAAGCGGCCCCGGGUGUCGGAGGGGCCCUGAUGCCCACCGUGCCCUCUCUCUCCCCGGCUCUCUGCCAUGGGGGAAACUAAAGUCAUCUACCAUCUGGACGAGCAGGAGACUCCGUACCUGGUGAAGAUCUCCGUCCCCGCCGACUCGGUCACCCUCUCCGACCUGAAACAUGCGCUGAAAAAAAGCAGCCAUAAGUUCUUCUUCAAGUCCAUGGACGCGGACUUCGGGGUGGUCAAGGAGGAAAUCACGGACGACAACGCCAAACUGCCCUGUUAUAAUGGCCGUGUGGUGUGCUGGCUGGUGUCGGCUGACGGCUCGCACUCGGACGGAUGCUCGGUGGCGGAGAGCCAGUCGGAGCGCCCGCCGUCGGGGGAGAGACCUCAGGGCAUCGGAGACUCCAGACCGCCGUCCUUUCAUCCUAAAGCUGCAGGCAGCCGACACGGUGUGGACGAUGAGACGGAGACGGACUCGGUGGUGUCACACCGGAGGGACAGAGACCGGAUGCGCAGGAAACACUCGCAUGAGCAUUCAGGCGCGAGGAUGAACGGUUACUCCCGCGUGGGCAGAGGGAUGGAGCUCGGGGGGUUUGACGUCUGUGACAGCCGCUCGUCCCUCAUGAGCAGUGAGCUGGAGUCCAGCAGCUGCUUCGACUCGGACGACGACGGAUCCACCAGCCGUUUCAGCAGCGUGACUGAACAGAGCGGCUCGUCACGCAUGAUGAGGCGACACCGGCGCCGGAGACGGAAACCCAAACCCCAUCACAUGGAGAGGUCGUCGUCUUUCAGCAGCAUCACCGACUCCACCAUGUCCCUGAACAUCAUCACCGUCACGCUGAACAUGGAAAAGUACAACUUCCUGGGCAUCAGCAUCGUAGGGCAGAGUAACGAGCGAGGAGACGGCGGCAUCUACAUCGGCUCCAUCAUGAAGGGCGGGGCCGUGGCAGCUGACGGCCGGAUCGAGCCGGGUGACAUGCUGCUGCAGGUGAACGAUAUAAACUUUGAGAACAUGUGCAACGAUGAUGCAGUGAGGGUGUUGAGGGACAUCGUGCACAAACCAGGACCUGUUUCUUUGACGGUGGCCAAGUGCUGGGAUCCAAACCCUAACAACUGCUUCACUCCUAGAAGUGAGCCCAUUCGUCCGAUCGACCCUGCAGCCUGGGUGUCUCACACGGCGGCCAUGACGGGGAUCUACCCUCCCUACGGCAUGAGCCCCUCCAUGAGCACGGUCACCUCCACCAGCUCCUCCAUCUCCAGCUCCAUCCCCGAGACCGAGCGCUUUGAUGACUACCACCUGUCAGUCCACAGCGACAUGGCAACCGUUGCCAAGGCGAUGGCCUGUCCUGACUCGGGGCUGGAGGUUCGAGACAGGAUGUGGCUGAAAAUCACUAUAGCCAACGCCUUCAUAGGGUCGGAUGUGGUGGACUGGCUCUUCCAUCAUGUCGAGGGUUUUGCAGACAGAAGAGAAGCUCGUAAGUACGCCAGUAACCUGCUGAAGGCCGGCUUCAUCCGCCACACCGUCAACAAGAUCACCUUCUCCGAGCAGUGCUACUACGUGUUUGGGGAUUUAUCAGGCAAUAUGGCGCACUUGUCCCUGCAGGAGCACGACGGUUCGAGCGGAGCGUCUGAUCAGGACACACUCGCCCCCCUGCUCCACCCCACCGAGGCCCCGUGGCCCAGCUUCCCCUAUCAGUACCCGCCCUCGCUGCACGACGCACCGCUCCAUCACGCCGAGACGGGCGGCGGGAGUCACCACAGCGAGGGUUCGAGCUGGAGCAGGACGGAGGGGAAGACGACGGCGGCGGCGGCGGCGGCGGGGCUGCUGAUGAACGACGUAGGCGACGCCCCGGAGUUUGACUUGCGCAGGGAGCGAGCGCCGAGCGAGGGCAGCAUCCGCAGCUCACGCUCUCACUCUCACGCCUACAGCGGCGUGUCGGCUCCGCGCCACCUCGCCCACGUGCCCUCUGAACUCUCGGGCUCGCGCCGCUCCUGCCUCACCGCCAACGGAGAGCUGUUCGUCGACAUCAUGUGACCACGCCCGGAUUGUGAACUACACCAAGACCCUGAUUUCUUUCUUCAUUUUUUAUUACUUAAGUUUUUUAUUUUUUUUUUACGAAUUGCAUUUAAAAUAACUGUAGAUGACGAACUGUAACGCGUAGCCCUGAAACGUGAGAACACUAGGAUCAUUUUAUUUAACUUAAAAUUAGGCUGAAAACUGAAUGGGAUUAACGUUAGAAUACAAAGCGCGACGUUUAUAAAUAUAUUUAGCUAGAAGGCGCGUCCCGGUUAAUCCCUGAUCGCGAUGGUGAAGUGGAUGAACCUCAUCAGUCUGUGCUUCAUCUCCGACUGUCUGAACCUGCAGCGUUUGUGUUUCAGAAAUUUCAGUCCAGAUGUGGCGAUGUGCGGAAAUAUUUAAAUAAAGCUGGGAAUAAUUUUUUUUUUAAUACAAUACCAUAAAGAUGCCUUGUAGGUAGUGUGUUUUUUAAAUGAUUUUUUAAAACUCUGGUUAGUGGAAUAAAAGACUUUUAAAGCGUGAAUUUUAAAUUAGAAUUAGACUAAGAAAACAGAGAGAUGAUGUCAGAAACUCGGCGCGCUUCGACUGCGAGGGUUAAAUAAACGUCUUCUAAUUAGGCAUGUGCAGGUAAUCAGUCAAAUUAUUAAUUAUCCACUGUGGACUUGCUGGUCUCAUCUGAAACUCACGUACGAAACGUUCUGCCCCUGAAUGUCCUCCUGUUUAACGUCCCGCACUAGAAACAUCAUCAGCUAACACAACCAAUCAGUAAACACUAAAUUAUCAUGUUAUUUAAAGAUAAGGUGUUUUUAUGCUGAAAUUACAUGAAAAGAUCUAAAAAUCUUUAUACUAUUUCAAGAUAUUUCCACGUUAUAACCUGAGAAAUCUUUUCUUAUCUUUACAUAACGUGGGAUUAUUUUGUGUUUCGACAUUAUACGAAACGUUAUAACAUGAAAUGAUCUUUUUCAUGUUAUAUACUUUUCAUUUAAUUUUUUUCUAAACCACUUUCCAGUAGGACAGGUACUCCUUUUCCUCAUUAUUAUUUAUUUUUUGGGGAACUAGUUUGUCACCACCACCAGGAGCCCAAACCCCAGAGGUGCUGGAACCCGACAGUUUCAUAAGUGAUGUAGUUAACAUGAUGAAUAUCAGCACAUGCCUACUCGAGAUUUGACGUGGGUGUUGUGUGUUUGGAAAGAUUGUUAGCUCUUCCUGCAACAGUGAAAAGACUUUCACCUCCACAUAAGUCAGGAAUGUAUUUUUCACGGUUUGUCAGCGUUUAUGUGCCAGGAGAUUUUUGGAAAAGAAAAAAAAAAAUCAGAAGUUCAUGCAUUUAUUUAUAAAUAUAGUUUUAUUACACCGGUGUGUGUUUGUGUGCACGUUUUGGAGCGAUCCAGAGAUCCAUGGCUUUCUUUAGGUCUGUAGAGCGAUAGCGAGUCUCGGCAGCGCUGUCGUCGCGCGGUGGGAAGAGUAACGAGCUUGUGUUCUUCACUCAGCGGAGAUGUUCCUGGAGGUGUUUCAGCGGAGGCUGUUUAUGAUUAAGGAGACGUCAUUCCAAAUGUGGGUUCGGGGAAAUUAGCUACUACUAGAACUAGCGCCAGUAAAAACAUCUGGCAAGGAGCGAUAGAUUUGUUUAAACAACAAUAAAAAAGUGUGCAGGUUUAAUUUGCUUCUAAAUGAUUUUCUUUUUCCGAAUUUUCGUUGUCAUUGGACCCGUGUCGCAAUUUUUUAGCGAUGUUGGAUUUCUUCAUAUCAGCUGUAGAUGGAUGCAGGCUAGUGAUGCAGAUUCCAGCUCUGUUCCGUGAGCCGAGUUAACGAGUCGAUUUGUCUCAUUAAUGAAUGCGUUUCUUGUUUGUUUUUUUGUUUUUUCUAAACCAGAUAUUUUGACCAUUGAUUGUUGUUCUUUGCCAUGACUGUGGCUGAAACUGUUGAAUGAUUUUUUUUGUCCACCUUUUACUUUACAAAAUUGCAUUACGUUGGAAAAGUGAUUAAAUAAUUUUUAGCACUAA